ACCUUUGCUCAAAAGUCAAAACUAGUUUUGGGUGUUGUGGGUACAGAGUUGUGGGUGAUACAAACUUGAGGAAUUAAUUUACACCAGAAUACUAAAGGAGGUAAAUCAUUACAACAUCAACCUCGGACCAAAUCCAACACAUUCCAUUCCAACUUCUAGCCUUAGUGAAAAAAGCUAUAAUUUUACCAUGGAUUUAAUAAACAGAGUACGCAAAUUUGUAAGCCACUGGUAUAAGAGGUACUUGGUAUCUACAGAACUUUACAUGGUUGAACCUUGGGAAAGAGUGGUGAUUCAUGUUCUCCUAACAAUAUUCUUCGUGCUGUUUUGGUACUUCAACUACACAAUCAUCGUGAACGGAAUUUCAAAGCUGCGGGCUCCUGUCGAAGAUUUAGGAUUUACUUCGAAUUAAAUAAUAAUAUAAUAUAUUUAUUAUUGUUAAUAUGUCAAUAAUACAAUAUUGUUAAAUUAAA